GAAAGAGUAGCGACCAAUUCUCACACGCAGCUCGAGAGCGUCGACAGUUGCCGAGCCCAGACUCGUGAAUCUUCUCGAAGAUGGGUUUUGGGAAAUCGGGCGUUGAGGCGCUGAGAUAGCCGAUAUGAGUGUUGACGUUUUCGACUUUGGAGAUCGUGGCGAGGUGCCGGGACGUAUAUCCGGCUCUCCCCGAGGCUUUUCCAGCGUGCGCAGCAAAUAGGCUAGAUCUCAUUGGCCACGUCCUCGCCCGAGGUUCCUACCUUAACAACUUCGAUGAACGCACCACAUUGACAACAGGACAUCCCGCAAUCUCCACUCCACACAACCCACAAUGGCCUGCACACGCACUUUUGCUCGUCUGGUUACGAGGCAGACAGCCCUCCGCCCGGCAGUCUUCUCGCGCGGUUUCGCCUCCGUCACCGACACGGUCGCUCGCGAGCCCAUCUCAAAGGUUGCCGAGAGCAUCGUCCCAGACCCCGCCCGCAAGGUCGUCCCCGAGAGCAAGACAUCGACCAAGUCGGAGCCGGAGACCAGCCAGGAUGCGAAGACAAAGACUUUCCACAUCUACCGGUGGAAUCCUGACGAGCCGUCCGCAAAGCCCAAGAUGCAGUCGUACACGCUCGACCUGAACAAGACCGGUCCCAUGAUGCUGGAUGCGCUCAUCCGCAUCAAGAAUGAGGUCGACCCUACCUUGACAUUCAGGAGGAGUUGUCGUGAGGGUAUCUGCGGUAGCUGCGCCAUGAACAUCGACGGUGUCAACACCCUGGCCUGCUUGUGCCGCAUCCCCACAGACACCGCCAAGGAGUCUCGCAUCUACCCGCUUCCCCAUAUGUACGUCGUCAAAGACCUCGUACCUGAUAUGACGCUCUUUUACAAGCAAUACCGCUCCGUCAAGCCCUACCUCCAGCGCACCACUCCUUCGCCUGACGGUCGUGAGUACCGUCAGACCAAGGAGGACCGCAAGAAGCUUGACGGUCUCUACGAAUGCAUUCUCUGCGCCUGCUGCUCGACAUCCUGUCCGUCUUAUUGGUGGAACCAGGAGGAAUACCUCGGACCCGCUGUUCUCCUCCAGUCGUACCGCUGGAUUGCCGACUCGCGUGACGAGAAGAAGGCCGAGCGCCAGGACGCUCUCAACAACAGUAUGAGCUUGUACAGAUGCCACACCAUCCUCAAUUGCUCGAGGACAUGCCCCAAGGGUCUCAACCCUGCCCUCGCGAUUGCCGAGAUCAAGAAGAGCAUGGCUUUCACCUAAGUGCGCAAAACCGAUACCUGGACAAGGAACAGAGCAAAAGAUGAAAGAUACAGAGAUGAUUAGCAUUCGCUGUGUGCACAUAUAUCGACUUUUAGUUGGUGUUUUGAGUUAGGCCUGUAUUUUUGGAGACAUGUACGCGAACCAAUACAUUCACAUUCUACCAAAUCUCUAGUUUCCUUGAAGGUAUCGCAACGUCUAUUAUUGGAACUAUGCUUUUGGCUGAAGGGUAUCCGGUCGUCAAUCUGGCUGUUGACAAGACUAGUAUCAC